AUGUCUGAGAACGAAAACUUGAGACCUGCCUACGAAGAUGAUCAACCUGGUGAGGACACUUAUAAAAGAGGUAAUCAGUACAAGUGGACCAAAGCUCGCAAGGCCGAUUAUGACGAUUCAAAAGCUGAUGCAAACAGUACAAAUAAAAAACCAGACGCUGUAAACGCAACAGGCGCUACAGACGCUGGCGACUCUGCUACGAAAGAAAAAAGGCUACCAAAACGGAAAGUGGCCGUUAUGCUCGGGUACUGUGGAACCGGCUACCACGGUAUGCAAUACAAUCCUCCAACACCCACAAUUGAAGCAGAGUUAUUCAAAGCAUUUGUUGAGGCAGGGGCCAUUUCCCACGCCAAUUCCACAGAUCUGAAAAAAAGCGGUUUUAUGAGGGCAGCCAGAACCGACAAAGGCGUACACGCAGGAGGCAAUGUCAUUUCUCUGAAACUUAUCAUAGAAGAUCCCGAUAUUAUCUCCAAGAUCAACUCCAAGCUGCCAGACGGUAUUCGUAUCUGGGACAUCGAACGUGUCAACAAGGCCUUCGACUGCAGAAAGAUGUGCAGCUCUCGUUGGUAUGAGUACUUGCUGCCGACCUACUCUUUGAUCGGACCCAAACCUGGCAGCGCUCUUUAUAACGAUAUCGAGGACAGCAAGAUAGAGGUGGCUGAUGUAAUUGCCGAGGAUCAAGAAAGCAAAGAUUUUUGGGCGGAAUUCUUUAGAGAGGCCGAGAACACUUUUACCUCGCAGGAAUUAGAAACUAUUAAAAACUAUGUCGCUCCACCAAGAGACGAGUUUGACGACUCCGACCCAGGGUAUCAGUUGGUGAAGUCUUAUAAGCAGCUUGAAAAUAAGCACAGAAGAGCCUACCGUAUCUCCUCCGCCAAGCUAGAAUACUUCCGUGACGCGAUGAAGCAGUACGUCGGUCCUCACAACUUUUUCAAUUUCACCUUGGGUAAAGACUUUAAAGAUGCGAGCGCCGUCAGAUUCAUGAAGGAAUUGAAAGUCUCAGAUCCUUUUGUCAUCGGAGAAAAGGACACGGAGUGGGUUUCUAUCAAGAUUCAUGGUCAGUCCUUCAUGCUUCAUCAGAUUCGUAAAAUGAUUUCGAUGGCGACUCUCGUCACCAGAUGUUGUUGUCCAACAGACCGCAUUCUUGACGCAUACAAGCCUCAACGAAUCAACAUCCCAAAGGCUCCUGCCCUGGGAUUGUUGCUAGAAUGUCCUGUUUACGAGGGUUACAACAAAAGAUUGCAAGAGUUUGGUUACAAUGCUAUUGAAUUCAGCAACUACCAGGAAAAGAUGGAUGCCUUCAAGAUGAAGUACAUUUACAACAAAAUCUACGAGGAAGAAGUUGGGGAGAACGUGUUUAAUGCAUUCUUCAGUUACAUUGACAAUUUCAACCAAGUCACCGGUGCCCAAGGUGCCACUGAGCAGACCGCAGAGCAGCCCACUACAGAAACAAAAAACACUGAUGGUGUGCGGAGAAGUGUUUUUGAUUUUCUCACCGCCAGGGGAAUCACUGGAGACGCCGAGAAGACUGAGAAGGGCAGUAAAGCGAGCGUAGAGUUGCCUGAGCCUGAUUCCGGUCUUCCCGAAAGUACACCCAUUGUAGAAUAG